AUGACAGCGACUCCCUCCAAUUCAUACGCCAACACUGGCGGCUUCCUCCCACCGUCGCUCCCCUCCCCCGCGCCCAGUACAGCGUCCAGUCGCGCCGCCGCAGGACUGCCUCACCCUCGGUCGAAACCACUUGUCCCUGGGUCACGAAAAGAAGACUAUGCCCGUGAUUAUGUAUAUAGACGCCUGCUGCACAUUUCUCGCCGUUAUGUGAAGAAACACAGUAUACCUGACCCGAAUGACCAAGUGUCGGCCUACGGUACCUUCGACGAAGUGUGCAUGGAUCUCGAAGAGGUCGUGGACGUAUUAUGGUUUUCGGGAACGCCCAGUCUCCAGGUCCCGUAUCUACUCAAUGUAGCUCUUGCCAUUACCGAAUAUCUCCCUGCAUUUCCGCCAGCGCCGCGCCCUACCUUUGCCCUUCUCAAGAAACUAGAUCACUGCUUCUCCAGUUUACUGCAAGGCAGGGACAUACGAAGCGGCGAAACUCUGCCAGGCUUUGAGCUUGGGAUGAGCAAAGGGAUGACUCGUACAGAUAUGGUGAGGAUACGAAGCUUGGCCGACGAAACCCGAGGUUUAGUUGCUUUGAAAAUGAGCGGAGAGGUAGAGGUUGACACUUCAUUGUUCCCUGAAGACAGUGAGGUGGGCGUACCUAUACUGUCAGGUAGGAAAAGAAAGGCGAAUGCCGAGGAGAAUGACAACGAGCAUGACGUUAACGAUGACGUUGACGAUGCUCCGUCAACUAGCUCAGCAAGUUCAAGCUUAUCCCUGAAGAGACAGAAGACGAAAUCUCCGGCACGUGUAAAAGUCGAAUCACCUGCUCUCAAGUUAGAGAAUAGCAGUCCAUCACCUAGAGCGAACGAAAUUGCCCAGGCAGCUGAUGCACAUACGUCUUCGAACAGCGGGCAGUUCCACUGGGCAGUAGAGGAAGAAGACUCGGACGACGAGCAAGAUCGUGCUACAGAUCAAGCUGCGGAUGAAGCAGGCAACGUGCAGCCACAGCAGAUGACACCACCUACAAUAUCAGAGCCUGAUUCACAACAGCCAGUUCUCACGAACCAUCUCAAUGAUUAUGUACUAGAUGACGAGGAGGACCACGAACUACAUAUGAGUGUUGCGAAAGUCUACGAAAAGACCAUAAUUCAGCUUGGUAGGACGCUUGGAGAAACACUUGUCGAUGAUUAA